CUGCCCGACGCUCGCAGACGGCACAAGAGGCGCGCAAGAGAGCCCCAAGACAUGUCAAGAGAGCGCCAAAACAAACUCCGAGCCAUUUUGACUCAAGAAGCAAUUUGGCUGGAGGUCCUGCUUCAACAAUUGCCUUGAUUGCCAGUCGCAUUGCUUUUAGUUACAUCAUGGCAACACUCAGUGCGAUCCAGAGAGUCGUGGAGGCAUAACUCAUCAGCGACGCACCAAGCACGCUGGUAGUUGGCUUGUUGACCCUGGUGAAGUGGAGCUCUCAGGAUAAGCUGGUCAACAUGUUGGCAGCUGGGGCAGGUUGUGGAGAGUUGAGGUUGGAAAGUAUCGCCCAGAUAGUGGAACAGCACGAGGUCGUGUUGAUCGUAUCCGUAUACAGGACGAAGAAAAGAGAAGCGUGGUAGCGCUGAACGAGCCAUACUUGCCUAAGCCAGCUGAUUUUUGGAGUCUUGGGGUGCUCCUGAAAACCGCUUGCGGGCAGGAUACGCUCAAGUUAUGGGUCCAGUGGCGCCGUGGCCAGUCUCUCGCAUACGCCGGGCGGCAAGUACUCCAGUUUUUCUCCCAUGCUGGUUGCCACAUCGAGGCGAUGACGAAGACGGGUAACUCACUCAACGGCGUAACACUGGCGUGCUUGGAGGCGGUCUUGAACCCCGAGCCGGCCCGCAGAGCAAGUGCCUCCGACAUGGAAUGCUAAUCUUGAUUAGUUCGUUGUUAGUGGCCUUUGCACUUUGGGCGCGCGUGCAGGAGUGCAUGCAGCUCACAUUUUGUGCGCAGGCUUCCUGCGUCAAGUUUCAUCCCCAGACGCCGUUGUCGGUCCAGCGGCGCCGGGGCGAGUCCCUUGCAUACGCCGCGCGGCAAGUACUCACUUUUUUCUCCUAUGCUGGUUGCCAGACCGAGGCGAUGUUGAAUAUGGGUAAUUUAUUAGAUGGUGUAAUAUUGGUAUGCUUGGAGGCGGUGUUGAAGCCCGAGCCGGCUCGCAGAGCAAGUGCCUCCGAUAUGGCAUGGAGGCUAUCUGCCAGGCGCACCGAGCAGGCUAGUGUUGAUUGAUUCGUUGAUGGUUACUUAUGCACUUUGGGCGCGCGUGCAUCACAUUUUGUGCUGCGCCGAUUGUCUGCCAAAGUGGCAGGCUGCACCACAUUGAAUUAUGAGGCGCGGUCACACCUCGCUACCAUCUCACCCCCUUGCGACCAGGAGGCAUUCUUGAACGCGCUCCGCCAGCUGGCGUGACAGCGCAUUCAUUCAAUAUCAGUGCUGCGUUCCAAGCGCUCCGCCAGCUGGCGUGGCAGCGCGCGCACCGUAUUUCAAGGCAGUUUUGUCCCGUCCUCCGCCCUUCCUCGCUCCUCCUGCACGUGCUCGGCCAGACAGGCCAAGAAGAUCUGGCCACAUCCAAAGUCCAGCCAACUACGGCCUGGACAUCUAGAUAGCCAGUCAAUGGAAUGCUCAUCCAUUCAGGAUUCAGGACAGAAAUUCAUGCGCGGACCAAGCAUGUCCAUCUCUCGUUCAAGUGCUGUGUGGGAUAAGUGAUAUUUACUUGCAUGGCGCUGCAGCUCAGGGUAGCAGCGCCUUUCACGCAUCAGUAUCCAGCGAGCUGCAGCCCAAGGUAGCAGCUCAUGUACAGCGCUGGCCGCUGCAUUCCAUGCACUUUCUACUUAGAGCAAGCGACGCCCGCUGGCCGCCAAGAUGGCCCCUUAGUGGUCCAAGACGCUCCAAGCUGUUUCAAGUGGGAUGUCUUUUGUGACACACCCUUCCUCUCGAUUCCAUGCAGGCGUCGGACAUCUGGGCGCUGUUCACAUUGCUUGACUGCACAGGAGCCUGUUUCUGGACGAGA